ACUUGUGGUCAAAAGGAGAAGUUUAUCCCGGAGAGCGACAGCAGCAGAGAACAGUUGAAGACGGCUCAGCAGCGCUUCCCAGUCCAGCCGUCUCCAUUCUACUCGGGAGGAUCCAUUGAGCUGAAGAACUUGUUCCUUCACCUGCAUCACAGCAUACCUGACCUGUGCUGAAGAGGCACCUGCAGCCCAGGGGAGAUGGAGCCUGCCAUCCUGGUGCUUCUGGUGGCAGCUGGCAUCUGGCAUGGCUCGGCAUCUCUGACACUCGACCCUAAUGUCACGGCCAUGAUUGUGAACAAGGGAGCCCCUGUGAACUUGCACUGCUCUGGGGAUUUCAGCGUGGAAUGGGUCAGCACAAGACACAAUAUGAUCGUGUACUCCACUGGCACUACCAGCACUCUCAGUAUUACCAGUGCCAGUUACAGGGACACUGGCACCUAUCAGUGCGCUUAUACCAACAGCAGUGACAUGGAGCGAGCAUCCGUCCAUCUCUUUGUGAGAGAUCCCGAGAAGGUGUGGUAUGUCCAUAGCAUCAGUGUCAGAGUAAGCGAAGGCCGUGAUGCACAGCUGCCAUGUCUGAUCACUGACCCAGAGUAUGGGUCUAACAUUACCCUGCUGAAGGAUGAUAAUUCUCCAGUCUUACCAGGGACCGAGUUUUCUUUCAGCCCUCGGGAUGGAGUAACCAUAUACAAUGUGAAGCAAGCUCAUAAAGGAUAUUACAGGUGUGGGGCCCUGAUCAAUGGAAAAGUGGAGAGGUCAUCGAAAAUCCGACUGAUUGUUCUGAAAGAAACAGUAAAUCCGCUCUCAGUCACGGUGGAGCAAAAAGACCAUGUGCGAAUACAGGGGGAAAGUUUCCAGAUCACCUGCAAUUUAAUGUCUCCUUCCUACAAGUACAACAUCAAGUGGAUCCAUCCGGCUCAGAAUGUCACCAUCACAACCAACACCACCUUUGAACAAGAGGUCUAUUACGUUUCCAUCACCCUAUACAUUCCAGCGGUGACAAUAGGAGACAGUGGGCAAUACAGUUGUGUAGCAAACAAUUCUGUGGGAUCCAGUAAUUCUUCAACUGUGCUCCAGGUUGUAGAGAGAGGUUAUGUACGUCUGUUGCCCAUACAGAACAGCAGCCACGAAGUAAAGUUGGGAGGAAAUCUGGAACUGCGGGUCUUGAUUGAGGCUUACCCUAGACUUAGCAACUGGAGUUGGACACAUGAGAAUCUUUCCCAGCACUCUGUGAGCACCCGACUCAACGACAAAAUGGUCCCUGGUAACAACAGGUACAACACCACGCUCUCCCUGAACCGGCUGAAAGAAGAUGAAAGGGGACUGUAUACAUUCUAUGCUGCGAAUGAUGCGGCCAAUGCAUCCGUGACCUUCAGCAUCACCCUGAAAUUCCUGCCUGAGAUCCAUCAUGUUGGGACGGUAUUCAAUAACUCAACGAGCCUUCACUGUACAGCCAGUGGUUAUCCUGCUCCACAUAUUGAGUGGUAUCAGUGCCCUGGGCAUGCAGACAGAUGUGACCAGGGAAGAUGUGUUUCUGCAGCUGUGUCCAGACUGAUUUGGAAUGACACCAACCCAUGGGUCAUAAGCAAAUUGCCCUUUGGAAAGGUGGAAGUAGAGAGCAUCCUUCAGAUUAAAGAGUUUGAAUACAAUGUUACCUUUUGCUGCUGGGCCAUUAACAGCGAGGGGAAUGACUCACAGAUGCAUAACACAGAAAAAAUCCGGAUGCUCCCAAAUGAGCUCUUCAACCCCAUUCUCUCCACCCCUUUAGGAAUAUUGGUCGUGUUUCUCCUGCUGCUGCUCCUCUUCCUGCUGUACAAAUAUAAUCAGAAACCAAAAUACCAGGUGCGGUGGAAGAUUAUUGAGGCCUGCGAAGGGAAUAACUACAUCUUUAUUGACCCCACCCAAUUGCCUUACAAUGAGAAAUGGGAAUUCCCCAGGAACAACCUGCAGUUUGGAAAGACUCUGGGAGCAGGAGCCUUUGGAAAAGUGGUAGAAGCCACUGCUUUCGGGCUGGGGAAGGAAGACACUGUCCUCAAAGUGGCUGUGAAGAUGCUCAAAUCAACAGCCCACACAGAUGAACAGGAGGCCCUUAUGUCUGAGCUGAAAAUCAUGAGUCACUUGGGCCACCAUGAGAACAUUGUUAACCUGCUGGGAGCCUGUACUUUUGGAGGCCCAGUUCUGGUCAUCACUGAGUACUGUCACUAUGGAGAUCUGCUGAAUUUCCUGCGGAAGAACGCAGAGUCCAUAAUCAUCCAGGACUCAAGCCUGGACUCCUCUCUGGAAAGCACAGCCGAUUACAAAAACAUCUAUCUGGAGAAGAAGUAUGUCCGAAGUGAUAGUGGGUUUGCAAGCCAGUGUUUGGAGACCUAUGUUGAAAUGAGACCUGUGCCAUCAGAUUCCAUGCCAGCAGGGAGUAAGUUACAAGGCAAGAAUGCAGAGGAAGAACAGGAUACUCGGCCCCUGGAUCUGUGUGACCUGUUGCAGUUCUCCAAUCAAGUGGCCCAGGGAAUGGCCUUCCUUGCCUCAAAGAAUUGCAUCCAUCGGGACUUGGCAGCAAGGAAUGUGCUAGUGACCCACGGACGAGUAGCCAAAAUCUGUGACUUUGGGCUGGCGAGAGAUAUCAUGAACGAUUCAAACUAUGUUGUCAAAGGCAAUGCCCGUCUGCCGGUGAAAUGGAUGGCCCCAGAGAGUAUCUUCGACUGCAUAUACACUGUGCAAAGUGAUGUCUGGUCCUAUGGCAUCCUCCUCUGGGAGAUCUUCUCACUGGGUAAAAGCCCAUACCCUGGCAUGCUGGUGAAUAGCAAGUUUUACAGCAUGGUGAAGCAGGGGUAUCAGAUGGCCAGACCAGACUUUGCUCCGAUGGAAAUGUAUCGCAUCAUGCAAGCAUGUUGGAAUCUGCAACUCACCCAACGGCCCACCUUUGACCAGAUAUGCCAUUUCAUUCAAAAACAACUGGACGCCAACAAGGAACAGGAGUAUACAAACCUCCCCAGCAGCUCGGAGGAAGACAACGGGUGUGAGCCUUCUGGCUGCUGUGAAGAGUCCUGUGACCAAGCAGAGAGCAGUCAGCCUCUUCUGAAGAGCAACAAUUACCAGUUCUGUUAACGUGUAAGGUCCAGUUUGGAUGGCUCUUCCCCCAUCAUUGCAAAGGGCUUGGUCCCUCUCUUGGCUAGAAGGCAGGUUCCUCAUGCUCAGUGUCUCCUUAUCUCUGUGCUUUCUGAAGUGUGAAAGAAUUACAGAAUUCCCCUCUUGAAAGGGCAUCAUUAGAGGAGCUAAGAGCCAAGACUCAAGUGUGAUUCCUACAGUUAUGUUGAAGCAUGGCUCAAAGUCACCAGGAAUGUUAAACAUGAUACAUGUAUAGGAGGAGAGGAUCAGAUCCCCUUAGAGUCUCUCACCAACACUGGUGACAUACAGGCCCAUUAAUGCAGUCAUCCUGACAAGCAGUUCCUAACUCCAUGCUAGUCAGUUCGUGCUUGGCUGGCUUUUGGCUCCUAAGAAGUUUCCAAAGGCCAGUUUUGCAGGCUGGCAUGCAUGCACCAUGUAUUGUUCUACACGAAUAUGUAUUGGUAUGCCCCUAUAAUGGAAUCCUUGUGUUUCAGUAUGUGAGUAUGUGUGCCUGCAGGCACAAGAGCUUCAAAGUAAGCCUCUAACUCUGACACAGGCCUGCCUGUUACAGUGAAACAACCAGCUUUUUUCUUCACCAGUCUCCCUCCCUCUCCUCUAUGCACAUUACAAGAUAUCAGUUAUAGCUGAAGAGCUUUUCUAGCAUUAAAUGUGUGGUAUACCCCACAUCCCAGCUAAGUGAAGAUGAGGAUUCUGCAUCUCAUGUCACCCAAACUGCUGCUGACACAACACUCAGCAUUACAGGUUUUGUUGAGAAGACAGUCCCUUUGAACCAUUACUGCUCCAGAUGGAAAAAAUGUCCCCAAGUGAAAUUUAAAGAGAGCAUGGCUGUACUUCACAAGAGGCCUGCGAUGUAAAUCCCCAUCAACGAAGGAAUGGCAGCUUUUUAUACUGAUCUGGAAACAGCUCAACAUUAUACACACACUAUAAUGUAUGUUUGAAUUACUGAACAAUUAAUGUAGCAACUCAGCAACUACUGCCUGUACCACAAAACCCUUAUGGGAAUGUUUUAGUGUAGAUAUUGAGAAUGUUAUACAAGAUCAUUUCUUCAUAAGCUAGGGCCCUGUGCCCUCACAGGAAGCUUUUCUAAAUCUUGAAUUUUUACUAAUUACUAAUUCUACACCGCAGCCUGGUCUUUAUUAGUGCAAGACUUCCAGUAAGGGAGUCUAACAAAUGUUAGCCUUACCCCAGACUGCAUUCCCAACAUAGAUUAGUAUGACAGGGCAUAUACACUGACCUGGCUUAGGCAACUGUUACUGUACAAUAGCAGCUAUCUAAUUUGGCCUUUAUCAGACUAUUAUCAGUUACUUUGUGGGCUAUUUUUAAUUCAAUAUAGGAUUAAACCACGUAGCGGGUGUAAAGUUUAAGACAAAUUAUUUCUUUCCACUAAAUACAAGCUAAUGCAUUUCCACUUCGCAUCAUAACGAUGAAAAUAAAAUGAACGUGAUUAGCACAGCAAUAUUGUUAAUUUUUUUUUCUCCAGAUGACCUCAUAGGAGUCUCCCCUCUCUUCCCUUCAGGCAUCAGAGAAAGGGUAAAGCCUAGCCAGUCAGACCUACUGAUUUGCUCUAAUUAUUUAGGUAGCUAACUAACCCCUUCUUUUUUCCAGUUGUUGGAAUGUUGACUUGAUUAGAAGCUGACAAACUUGCGAAUGGCAAACUUCUUUUGAUCUGAGGCGCCUCUCUCUUAUUGGGAGAAGUUAAGUAAUGGAAAGAGGAGGGGUGCAACUGCAGGAUGUUUUCAUUCAUGGGUUAAAACACUUUUGGGAAGAAAAAAUAGAUAAGAUUAUGGUAUUCACCUGUGCCACGCACUGGGUAGAGUGGAUACCUGGCUGAACAGGAUAGGUUGGCAUAUGAAGGGAGAAAGUGCCUCUUUACUUCUGCUGCCUCCUUCAGGAUCUGUUCCACACUAAUGCACAAUUGAAACAGCAAAAAGCUGAAGAUGAAAGUGAAAUGAUUUAAAAAACCCACAUCAGUACUGAGGGAGAGGCUUACCAGUGAGAUGUCACCUACUCAGUUUCCCUCCUACAAACUUUUUCAUUAUCAGCACAGUACAAGUAAUUGUAGGACUCAACUUGUAUCAGUGCUCCAAUGCUAAUUCAACCCUUGUAUAACGGAGUCAGUAGCGUCACACAAAUGAACAAAUUGGACCCGUUGUACAGUGAACGGAAACCUGGACUUUGUUCUACACUGCUUGCACCAUGAAGAUAAGCAGACACCCGUGAGAACCCAAAGCGUUAUUUAUUUUUAAAUAAAUAUUGUGUUUACCCCAGAAGAGCAGAUGAUGCAUAAAUCUCCCCCAUGAACAUCUGAAAUGCUGGGGAAGGGGGAACAUUGACCCUGACAAUUAUCUUACAAUUGACAACAGUAUUAUUUAUGUAUGUCAGGGGCUGUCUUCUUUCCAUUUAUAGGAGCUACAGCAUAAUUGUAUUUAAAAACAACUUUUUCUAAAAGCCUCACAGAUUCAACACUGGGGUUAGGAGCCCAGGUAGCUUCUGUAUCUACCCCUUUCAGAACUUAGCACUGCAGAGAAGACCAAAAAUGUUUCCCCUAAUUUUUCCUCACAGGAAGCUCAUGUAGCCGUGAGAAGCUGGCAUGUCUCUGUGCCAGCACCAUGGCUAAUGCAUCAGCUGUCAGACCACAUGACUGACUAGCUGAUUUACAAGCUUUUCUCACUGGCUCUCAGAGUCCUUAGGCUGUCAAAUGUUAAUAAAAAACUCACUUUGUCAUAGUUUCACCCAAAAAAUUGGAGAUAAUUUAUUAAAAUUUAUCACUGACUGAAAAAAGUCACUAAUGUCUUUUAUAAUAAAUUAACAUUUUUAAACAGAAAACCCCCAACCAUAAUUACUGCAUUUGCUCAGACUUAAUACAUUUACGUUUAUGGUAUGGUACUCAGUAGGUUCCCCUUCACAGAAGGGAAUUUUCAUCCACACCACAAGUCUCUUUUCCACUCUUCUGACGACACAAGGAACAGCCUUCCUGGAAGUUUUCCUGGUUUCCCACCAUUCCAGUAUCCCACCUUCUACCUUGUUUGAGCCGCACCAAACAUGUGUAUUUUGAGAUUUAUGGCCAGCAGCAGAGAAAGGGUGUCAGUGGACAAUGCAAGCAGCUAUACAAACAGGGUUUGAGCUGCUGUUUAAAUAUGCUGGAGGGAAGGGGGACUCAACCUGGCUCAUCAAAGGAAAAUCGUGAGAGCAGUGUAUAGAUAGCACGGACCCAUUUACGGUUUACAGCGCUGUGGGGAUAAUGGCAGGAUGGGUUACCACACUCUGCAAAGGGCCCAGAAAGCAGAGUGGAUGCAGCCCUCUCAACCACAGUCUCAGUAGGGAGAGGAUUAUAAAAAUCUCUCUUUGUGGGCCUCUCUGGUUACGUUGCAUUCACUGCCUCCUGUUAGUGCUGCAUGGCUGUCUUUUGCCAUUCAGCCCCAACUGUAGGACAAAUAUAAAUUUUCCUCAAAGUCCAUGAAUGGGAUGUAACAGCUAAAAGAAUAAAGUGCCCAAAAAGAAGUGCGUGGAAUUCGAGCGCCUUACUGAUUUGCCACCUUAGACAGCUCAAAACAGUCCUUAAAGAAGUUUGUUAGUCCUUGGCUAGCCAAGUCAAGGGCAACCCAUCAAGUUCAACUCUUCGGUAACGAAGAUAACCAUCAAGAGCUAAAUAAUUAUUACUGCUCCUCCUGUUAAGGAACUAACAGGCCUAGAAACUCAGACCCACCUCUCCACAGGCUAAAUACCUGCACUACUGCACUGUUACUGAAACUAGGACAACAGCAGGGAGCACCCCAGAUGACUGCUUAACUCAGUUCUGGGCACCAGCACCUCCCGUGAGGCUACCCAGACGUAACUAUUUUAAAGCUGCAGGCCACUCAACAUGAUCCUUUUGAAUGCAUAGCCAGAUGGAAGGGGUGAUUCCAAAGCAGGAAUGUCAGUGUAUGAUGUUACUCCAUUCAGAGCAAAGGUGGGUGUUCCAUACUGCUCCUCCUCACCCAACCCUGUACUGAUGAUAUUAACAAGGUCAGCAAACAAGAUCCAUGGAAGAAAAAAAAC